AUGGCAUCUCUCGAAAUCCCUGCGGACCUGCCCCUUUUCCAGGAGGCCAAGGACAAGGUCGUGAUUCUCACAGGCGGCGCGACUGGCAUCGGCGAGGCGACCGUGCGCCGACUGCACAGCCUGGGCGCCAUUGUCAACGUGCUGGACGUCGAUCGCGCCAACGGCGCAAAGCUGGCCGCGGAGCUGGGUGCCGGUGUGCAUUUCUACGAGGGGUCAGUGUCCGUCUGGGCCGACCAGCUGCGCAUCUUUGACGGCGUCGUCGCGCAAUACGGGCGCGUGGACAUGGUGUUUGCCAAUGCGGGCAUCGACGAGGUGGUGGAGGACGUGUUUGUCGACGCGGUGGACGCAGCGACGGGACAGCUGCAGGAGCCCAGGCUGUUGGUGCUGGACGUGAAUCUGCGCGGCGUGAUUCUGACGACAAAGCUGGCGCUCAGCACGUUUCGGCGGCAGCUCAAGGCGGCCGAAAAGGAAGGCGCGGCCGGCACGGCAAGAACGGGUACGCCCGGCAACACCCGCAACACCCGCGGCGGCAGCCUCGUGAUCACGGGAUCGGCCGCGUCGUACCUAGACACUCCGGGCAUCCCCAUCUACAACACAGCCAAGCACGGCGUGCUGGGACUGGUGCGCUCGCUGCGCGACCAGCUGGAGGGCGAGACGCACGGCGCCAUCCGCAUCAACCUGGUGGCGCCGGCGUUUGUGCAGACGCAGUUUACAGCGCACGUGCUGCACCUCUGGCAGCGAGAGAACCUGCCAAUCAACCAGCCGGCCGACAUUGCCAAUGCUCUGUUGUUUUUGGGACUCAACCGGGCAUACCACGGCCGGGCCAUCUACGCAGCGGGCGGGCAGUACGCAGAGAUUGAAGGCGCAAUCGAGACGACGCGCAACGUGUGGUUGGGCCAGCAGUUUGAGGACUGGAUCCAGAAGCGCAAAGCCAACGGCAUCCGGCUGGGGAAGCAGGACGAGUAA